AGUGUCAACCCACCUCUGGAAUUUCAGAGAGGAAGAAGGGGUAGCAAAUUAUGGGACACAGAGUUUAGUUGCAGCUUUGAAAGGAGUGUGAGAGAGAUUUGUUUUGUUUUUUUUCUCCCCCCCUGGAGGAGACUUUGACUUUGUGUUCUGGAAAUACACGAAAUCCGCCGUGCAUCGUGUGACGGCUCAACUGAGACUUGCUCCUGUCCAAACAGUUUAAUGAGUGGAAGCCCCAAGGAGGAGUAGUCAGAACUCGCUGCAGGCAAAGUCAAACCCUUGGGAAACAAAGCGGCGCGACUGCUCACGGUGAUAGACAUGCAGCCGUUUACUUUGUUCGGUGCUCUUUUCCUCCUGCUCCACAUCUCCUCCGGCAGCACAGCCGCCCAUAGGCACUACAGACAAGUCCUUACUGGAAACCAACCAGGUGUGUGUCGCUAUGGCAGGAGACUGGAGUGUUGCUAUGGCUGGAAGAAAAACAGUAAAGGGCAGUGUGAGGCUCAGUGCGAGCACGGAUGCAAGCAUGGAGAGUGUGUUGGCCCCAACAAAUGCAAGUGUUUCCCAGGAUACGCCGGAAAGACGUGUAAUCAAGAUCUGAACGAGUGUGGCCUGAAGCCCCGACCCUGUGAGCACCGCUGCAUGAACACACAUGGCAGCUACAAGUGCUAUUGUCUCAACGGAUACACCUUAAUGCCUGACGGAUCUUGCACCAACUCCAGGACGUGCGCCCUCGCUCACUGUCAGUACGGUUGCGAGGAAGUGCAGGGGGAGAUUCGCUGCCUCUGCCCGUCCGCAGGCCUGCAGCUGGGGCAAGAUGAGAGAACCUGUGUAGAUAUUGAUGAAUGUGUAACUGGGAAGAACGACUGCCCGUACAACAGGCAAUGCGUCAACACGUUCGGCAGCUACUACUGCAAGUGCCAGGACGGCUACGACCUGAAAUAUGUCGACGGCAAAUAUGACUGCGUGGAACUUGAUGAGUGUGCAGCCGGCACCCACAAAUGCAGCCACCACGCUGUCUGUCUGAACACUCAAGGAUCCUACAAGUGCAGGUGCAAGUCUGGCUUCAGAGGCAAUGGCUUUGAAUGCUCCGUCAAGCCAUUUUAUCAGAGGUCGUGGGAUGGAGACAAGGGCAGCGCAGACGAUUCCCUCAACGUCAUCCCAGACUCCCAAGUGAAGCCCCGGAUUCUGGGAGGUAAGCUGAGCAAUGAGGACAUCAAAAAUGUUAUCCCUGAGCCGGUUGCAACGCCACCCUCUAGGCUCCGCCAGCAGCCCUUUGACUACGAGGGAGAGGUCUACAUCGGUAGCCAGUCCGAGGUACAGGAGGAAUUUCCAGAGGAAGAGGAGGAGGAGGAAGAAGAAGAAGAAGACAACCUGCUCAGUCCAAGGGGAGAUGUUUUCAUAUCAGAGGACUUUGAGUCAGUGUUUGGCCCAGUCACGGAAGUCAAAGAGGUCCAAAUAUCACCAGUUCAGGAAGAGUAUAUCAUGGAUUGCAACUUUGAUCAGGGAGCAUGUGAAUGGGUCCAAGACAAAGCUGACCACAUGGACUGGAGUGUAGCAUACCAUGAUAAUGGUGAGUACUACAUGGCACUGAGUGGGCUCCUAGGGGAGCAAGAGGACGUGGCCAAGCUGAAGUUGCUUCUCAGUGACCGGGCCCAGCAGGGCAGCUUCUGCCUUACCUUUGACUACCGCGUGGUGGGCCAUAAUGUGGGCACACUCAGGGUGAUGCUCAAUAACAAUGCUUACCCAGUGUGGGAGCAGAGCCACAGCAGAGACCAAAACUGGCAGACGGAGCUUCUCACUGUGGCUUGGAAAGAGGUGGCCCCAGAGUCUAUCAUCUUUGAGGCUCAGCGUGGGAGCGGUGUUGGAGGUGAGAUAGGCCUGGACAAUGUUGUGCUGACCUCAGGUCCCUGCCAAGAUGACACCGGUCCAGUCUUUUAAUCAACUCCACUUCAGAUGAACAAAUCGUGUCAAGGAGUCCUGUUUCUCGUCCGAAUUAUUGUGCCUUCCUCGUGUUUCAGCCAAGCGGUCUAAAGGGAAGAAUAUCUACAAUCAGUGCAUGCCAGCUGACUCUAUCACUAUGCUGCUAAUGUACAGCAAUGCAUCCUGCUACAUUGUUUGCUGAGAUAUUCAAGGCAGCGUCUUAUAACACAGAUAACUCCCAUCUCAGGAAUUGGUAGCAAUGCUAAUUUUAUCUGUUAGUUAGGUUUAACAGUAUUGUAGUUAGCCUUUUGUUGUGUAUAUGACCACGCGUUGCCUAAGUUAACUAAAAAUAAUCAGUUACAUGUAAUGUGAAUCCUUAGGUGAGUUAUAUCAGAAAUAUUAGAUCUGUAUCUGUACUUGAAGGCAGCGUAGUUUAAAUGAUUCAUAAAAGUGUUUGUGCGUAUAUGCUGUAAAAUUUGCUUUCAAAUUAUACUGUAUUAUUACAUUAAAUCUUUUUUUUCUAA